UAGUAACUUUUGCAGGCGUACUCGCUGAAUGCUCAUCUCUAAGUUGUAUGCAUUUAGUAAAUAUAAACAAAUGCCGGCUUUUCUUGACUUUAACUGCAGCAAAACCAUCGACUGCAACCAGGGAGCUGUGCGUGCGGUGCGUUACAAUGUGGAUGGCAUCUACUGCAUGAGCUGUGGCUCGGACAAAAAGAUAAAACUCUGGAAUCCAGGCUCGGGCUUGCUGCUGAAGACCUACGGAGGGCAUGCGGACGAGGUAACCGAUGCGGCCGGCAGCUGUGACAGCAGCUACAUCGUCUCCGCCAGCCUGGACAAGAGCAUCAUCUACUGGGAUGUCUCCACAGGCACGCCUGUGCGUCGUCUGCGCAGCCAUGCCGGCGGCGUGCGUUGCGUGUGCUUUAACGAGGACUCCUCCAUAGCGAUAUCCGGGGGGCGAGACAACGCGGUCAUGUGCUGGGACAUACGCACCCGCCGCCUGGAUCCGGUGCAGGUGAUGAAGGAGGCGUGCGAUUGCAUCACCGCGGUGCUCACCAACGAGCACAAGAUCUUUGCCGCCUCCCUCGACGGCUGUGUGCGCCACUACGAUAUACGCGUGGGCGAGCUGACCUGCGACAAGAUUGGCCAGCCGGUCACCUAUCUGGCGCAGACGCGCGACGAGCAGUGCCUACUCGCUGGCUGUCAGGACAGUACGCUGCGCUUGCUGGACUGCGAGUCGGGCGGGCUGCUCUCUGAAUACAAGGGCCAUCAGGCCGACGACUAUCACAUCGAGUGCGGCAUUUUGUCCAACGAUGCGCACAUUGCCUGCGGCUCCUGUGCCGGCGAUGCCUACGUAUGGGAUCUGCUCGAAGCGAAGGUCCUGCAGCGCAUUCGCAUAAGUGACAAUGGCGGCGUAGUGCAUUCCCUGGCAAUGCAUCCCACGCGACAGGAGCUGCUGUUCGCCCGACGCAGGGAGAUGUAUGUCUUCUCUACCGAUGUGCAAAUUGAGGAGGAGCAGCUCUAGCUACUCUAUUGUUAAUUUAGCUUAAGUUCAUAUUUGUAUAGAGCUUGUGAUAAUUCCUAUAUUCA